AUGACCCUUGGACAGUUGGCCCCGGCCGUGGGCAACAACACCCCGGUGACUCGGUUCAUCUUGGAGGGCUUCUCUGACCUGGAAGACCUUCAGGGGCUGCUCUUUGCCACCUUCCUGCUGAUCUACGUCCUGACGGUGACGGGUAACGCUGGCCUGAUGGCGCUGGUCCUGGCCGACCGCCGCCUCCACAGCCCCAUGUACUUCUUCUUGAGCGUCCUCUCCUUCCUGGACAUCUGCUACUCUUCCGUAGUGACCCCCAAGCUGCUGGCCGACUUCCUAGCCCGGGACAAGUCCAUCUCCCUGGGCGGCUGUGUGGCUCAGCUGGCCUUCUUCGUGACGCACGUGACGGCCGAGAGCUUCCUGUUGGCGGCCAUGGCUUACGACCGCUGCACGGCCGUCUGCCGGCCCCUCCGCUACGGCAGCACCAUGACCAGAGGGACCUGCCUCCGACUGGUGGCCGCCUCUUACGCUCUCGGCGGGGUCAACUCGGCCAUCCAGACCAGCAACGUCUUUGUCCUCCCCUUCUGCGGCCCCAACCGGGUCAGUCACUUCUUCUGCGACAUCCCGCCCCUGCUCCGGCUGGCCUGUGCCGACACGGCCACCGCCCAGAGGGUUCUCUACCUCUUCUCCGGCCUGGUCACCCUCGUGCCCGCCACGGUCAUCCUGACUUCCUACGGCCUGGUCCUGUUCGCCAUCGGACGGAUGCACUCGGCUGCCAGGCGGGAGAAGGCCCUCUCCACUUGCGCCUCCCACAUCUUGGCCAUCGCCAUCUUCUACAGCACCGUGGUCUUCACCUACGUCCGGCCCCGUGGUGUCGGUGACCUAUCCCAUGCACGGGUGGUUUCCGUCUUCUACAUCAUCGUCACGCCCAUGCUCAACCCCUUCAUCUACAGCCUCCGCAAUAAGGAGGUGAAGGAUGCCCUCCGCAGAAGGCUCCGGGCCGUCACCCUCCCCGACUGA